UUAUAGGGUGUCCUUCCAAAUGCAAGUGAAAGUAACAAAGUAGUGUGUUUUAAGAGUAAGAGGAGAGGAGGGCGAGGCGCAGGCGAAACCAAGGGCUUUCUCUCUUUUGGCUGCUGCUUUUUAUUAUUACCCUCUCUGGCUCUCUCGUUCUGUAAAGCUAGGCGACGCGAUUCAGUCCCUCUCUGCUUCUUUCUUCUUCUUCUUCUUCUUCUUUUUUUUUUUUUUUCGUUUUUCCAUCACACCGCAGCCAGCGAUUUUCCGGCUACCUGCUCGUCUAAGCUCUCCAUUUUCUUGUAGUGAUCAUGGGGAGGAAGAAGAGGACUGAUGCUGGUGGCGAAAGUUCCGAGUAUCAAGACAGUGGUGGUCGUGGCUCCCAACGAUCAGGUGAAAGGAGAGACGGCCAACAGCAACAUGGUGGGAGUGGGUACCAGGGUGGUAGAGGUUGGGGUUCUCAAGGGGGACGUGGAGGUCAAGGCGGUGGUGGUCGUGGCCGAGGAAUAUCUCAACAUCAGCACUAUGGAGGACCUCCUGAAUACCAAGGCAGGGGUAGAGGUGGGCGCAGUAACUAUGGUAGUGGUAAUCGCGGAGGCAUGGGUGGUGGUGGCAUUGGGGGAGGACCUUCUUCUGGCGGACCAUCCAGGCCACCAGUUCCCGAGCUGCACCAAGCAACCCCAGAGUAUCAAGGAGGGAUGACUCAGCCAGUCUCAUCUGUGGCAAGUUCUUCCUCCCACCCAUCUGACACUUCAACAAUUGAUCAACAAUUUCAACAAAUUUCCAUUCAACAGGAAUCUUCUCAAAGCCAAGCAAUUCAACCUGCACCCUCUAGUAAAUCCAUGAGGUUCCCACUGAGACCAGGAAAGGGUAGCUCUGGCAUAAGGUGUAUUGUUAAAGCUAACCACUUCUUUGCCGAGUUACCAGACAAAGAUCUUCAUCAGUAUGAUGUUACCAUUACCCCAGAAGUCACUUCGCGUGUCUACAACCGAGCUGUUAUGGAACAGCUAGUGAAAUUAUAUAGGGUCUCGCACCUUGGAGAUCGGCUUCCUGCUUAUGAUGGAAGAAAAAGUUUAUAUACGGCUGGUCCCCUUCCUUUCAUAUCAAAUGAGUUUAGAAUAACUCUUUUUGAUGAAGAAGAUGGAUCCGGAGGACAAAGGCGGGAAAAAGAAUUUAAAGUUGUAAUCAAAUUUGCUGCUCGUGCUGAUCUGCACCAUCUUGGACUCUUUUUGCAAGGCAGACAGGCUGAUGCCCCUCAAGAAGCCCUUCAAGUUCUGGAUAUUGUAUUACGCGAAUUGCCAACUUCAAGGUAUUGUCCAGUGGCCCGAUCAUUUUACUCUCCAGACCUUGGCAGACGUCAGACACUGGGUGAGGGGUUGGAAAGUUGGCGUGGCUUUUAUCAGAGUAUCCGGCCUACUCAAAUGGGACUCUCCCUUAAUAUUGACAUGUCAUCUACUGCUUUCAUAGAGCCCUUGCCUGUCAUUGAUUUUGUGACUCAACUUCUCAAUCGCGAUGUGUCAUCCAGACCAUUAUCUGAUGCUGACCGUGUGAAGAUAAAGAAGGCUCUUCGAGGUGUCAAGGUUGAAGUGACACAUCGUGGGAAUAUGCGCAGAAAAUAUCGCAUUUCUGGUUUGACAUCACAAGCAACACGGGAGCUAACUUUCCCGGUUGAUGAAAGAGGUACUAUGAAGUCAGUGGUCGAGUACUUCUAUGAAACAUAUGGGUUUGUUAUCCAACAUACCCAGUGGCCUUGUCUUCAAGUAGGGAAUCAGCAGAGACCUAACUAUCUACCCAUGGAAGUUUGUAAGAUUGUUGAAGGCCAGAGGUAUUCCAAAAGGCUUAAUGAAAGACAAAUAACUGCUCUGCUCAAGGUUACAUGCCAACGGCCAAAAGAUAGAGAGGAAGACAUUAUGCAGACUGUACGUCAUAAUGCAUAUCACAAUGAUCCAUAUGCAAAAGAGUUUGGAAUUAAGAUAAGUGAGAAGCUUGCUUCCGUUGAAGCUCGUAUUCUUCCAGCACCAUGGCUAAAAUAUCAUGACACCGGCAGAGAAAAAGAUUGUUUGCCACAAGUUGGACAGUGGAAUAUGAUGAAUAAGAAAAUGUUCAAUGGUGGUACUGUUAACAACUGGAUGUGCAUUAAUUUCUCUCGCUAUGUGCAAGACAGUGUUACUCGUGGCUUUUGUUAUGAACUUGCUCAAAUGUGUUACAUUUCUGGCAUGGCUUUCAAUCCAGAACCAGUGCUUCCUCCUAUUUUUGCUCGUCCUGAUCACGUGGAAAAGGCCCUUAAAACUCGGUACCAUGAUGCAAUGAGCAUUCUCCAACCCCAGGGCAAGGAGCUUGAUCUGCUUAUUGUUGUAUUGCCAGAUAACAAUGGAUCUCUUUAUGGUGAUUUGAAACGUAUCUGUGAAACAGAUCUCGGCCUCGUUUCCCAGUGCUGUUUGACUAAACAUGUCUUCAAAAUGAGUAAACAGUAUUUGGCCAAUGUGGCCUUGAAAAUAAAUGUGAAGGUCGGGGGAAGGAAUACUGUACUCGUUGAUGCGUUAUCUAUGCGUAUACCCUUGGUUAGUGACCGGCCUACCAUUAUAUUUGGUGCUGACGUAACUCAUCCACACCCUGGAGAAGACUCAAGUCCAUCCAUUGCUGCUGUUGUGGCUUCUCAAGAUUGGCCAGAAGUUACAAAAUAUGCUGGUUUGGUUAGUGCUCAAGCCCACAGGCAAGAGCUUAUUCAAGAUCUUUUCAAAACAUGGCAGGAUCCUGUUAGGGGGACAGUAACGGGUGGAAUGAUCAAGGAACUUCUCAUCUCCUUCCGUAGAGCAACUGGACAGAAACCUCAACGAAUUAUAUUUUACAGGGAUGGGGUCAGCGAAGGACAGUUCUAUCAAGUUUUGUUGCAUGAACUGGAUGCGAUUAGAAAGGCAUGUGCUUCUUUGGAACCAAACUACCAACCUCCAGUGACAUUCGUGGUAGUACAGAAGCGUCAUCACACUAGGUUGUUUGCUAACAACCAUUCUGAUCGCCAUGCAGUUGACAAGAGUGGGAACAUAUUGCCUGGUACGGUUGUUGACUCCAAAAUUUGUCACCCUACGGAAUUUGACUUUUACCUGUGCAGUCAUGCUGGAAUCCAGGGUACAAGUCGUCCUGCUCAUUACCAUGUUCUGUGGGAUGAGAACAAGUUCACAGCCGACGGACUGCAGACUCUAACGAAUAAUCUUUGUUAUACGUAUGCAAGGUGUACUCGCUCUGUUUCUAUUGUGCCCCCAGCGUACUAUGCUCAUCUUGCUGCAUUCCGAGCUCGUUUUUAUAUGGAACCAGAAACCUCUGACAGUGGGUCAAUUAGCAGUGAUGCUGCUGCUGGACGUGGUGGUGUUGGUGGUGCUCGCAGUACACGGGCACUGGGGUUGAAUGCUGCUGUUCGACCUUUGCCAGCUCUGAAAGAGAAUGUUAAGAGGGUUAUGUUCUAUUGUUGAUGACUUGUUUUUAUUUACUACCACAGGUUCCACUCCCCAAGUCUUGAAGGUGUGUCUCGUUUAGUUCCCGGAGCUUUGGUUUGAUGAAGGUCUGAAAACUUCCCAUUUGUGUGUGAUUAACUAUAUAACUUAGUAUCCGCAGCCUACUUUUGUUAUUUUGUGUCGUUUCCAACUCUCAUUGGUGGCUCAUGUCUCCCUUCGGUGCCAUGCAUUGCCGUCCAUUCGAGAGUCUAUGAUGUCAAACACCAGAUUUCAAAACUAUUUUUACUA